AUGCCGUUGCAGACAUCGUGGGAGCUCCGGAUUUGCACAUCGACGAAGGAUCAACGCUGCGGCUGGAGUGCAAACUGAAGCGAGCUACCGAAUAUCCCGACUACGUGUUCUGGUACCAUCAAGAGAGCAUGGUAAACUUCGAUCAGCAGAAUGGCUUUUCGGUUACGCCAUUUCAACCGGUUGACAGUACAGCCUUGACGGACGAAGUAUCAGACCAGCCUUACCCAACGCCGAUGGACCAGUCCCAUGAUGGACAGCUUCAUCAUGGUCACGGUCAUCACCAUCAUCACCACCACCACAGAAACCAAGAGCAUCAUCAUCGACACCAUCCUCGACAUCAUCCACACCAAUUGCCACCACAGGAUCCAACAAUGGUGGACGACAGCAAUUUGGGUUUCAACGUGCUGAACCUCCUGAACCCGGCCGCGGUGCCAUCGGGAUCGAUGAGCCUUCUGGACGCUCCACUGCUAGAUUCCGGCGAGCUGCUGGCCACAGACUUGACCGCGGGCUUUUCUGCCGCCGAAGAGCAACUGCACCAAUGGGCGCUGAACCAAAGUGGCUUUCUGCCCUAUUCGCACAUCCUGUCGCCGGCCACCAGCGUUCUGACAAUCAAGGAGGUCCAUUCGAAGCACGCCGGUAACUACACCUGUGCACCGUCCAACACGCGACCGGCGAGUAUUACGGUGCACGUGUUGCAAGGUAAGCGAUCUUUUUGGCACAUGCACAUGGACUCUAGGGUGACCCAAAAACAAUAA